AUGGAGAAGAACAAAGCCCUUCCGCAUUCAGGGCCUAUCUUGGUCUUCACGUAUGGCGACAAAUGGCUUUACACUCUCGAAUUCAUCGCCGUGAUCGCCGCAAUUGCUGCUGGCGUUGCCUUGGCCAUGGUAAACGUUGUACUCGGCAACUUUGUUACGCUUCUCAGCGAGCCUCUGACUUCCGAAUCCGCUCGGGCAGACUUCAUGUCCCGGACUAACCCUCGAAGACUGCGUUUCGUCUACAUUGGAAUCGCUCGCUUUGCAGGCACAUAUAUAUACUCAUCCCUCUUCACAUAUGUGGCCCACCGAUUCACACGGAACAUCCGCUGGAGGUACCUCCACUCGGCUUUCAGCCAAGAGAUUGCCUUCUUCGACCAAGGAUCCAGUGGUUCAAUAUCCAUGCAGACGACUUCAAGUGGCAAGCUGAUCCAAUCGGGUACUGCUGAAAAGCUCGGGAUGUUUGUACAGGCCGUAUCCGCCUUCAUCGCCGCCUUCGUGGUGGCCUUUAUCACCCAGUGGAAGUUGACCCUGAUCACCUCUUGCAUUGUUCCGGUGGUCAUUCUCAUCUGUGGAGUUGUAUCAUGGAUCGAUGUCUUGGUUGAAACAGGCAUUCUAAAGGUAUAUGGCAUGGCUGGCGGCUACGCUGAGAGCACUCUUGGUGGGGUGCGUGCUGUUCAAGCUUUCGGCCUUCGCCGACGUCUCGUCGCCAAGUAUAAGGAAUACUUGGAGGACGCUUACAAUCGCGGCAUGAAGAAGAAUGUUCUGUAUGGGUUCGCCUUUGGUGGUGAAUAUUCGGUCUUGUACUGCGGAAUGGGCCUGUCCUUCUGGCAGGGAGUCAGAAUGCUUAGCAAGGGUGAGAUUGCAAGCAUCGGCACCGUCUUCACGGUUGUGUUUUCUGUCAUUGUUGCGGCCCAGACAAUCACAUCAAUUGUCCCACACCUUCUCGUCUUCAAUCGAGCCGCCAGUGCUGCGGUGGAGAUGUUUAGUCUCAUCGAUCGGGAGUCGUCCAUUAAUCCCUUUGACGAAUCAGGCGAGAAGCCUGACAAGGUUCAAGGGAAUAUCGAGAUCAAGGGUGUCCAAUUUAGUUACCCUAGCCGACCCGAUGUCACAGUCCUGGACAACUUCACCCUCACAGUACCAAAGGGCAAAGUUACUGCGCUUGUGAAGGGACCAAGUGGCUCUGGAAAGAGCACCAUCAUUGGCCUCUUGGAACGCUGGUAUAAUCCAACCCAAGGCACAAUUACCCUCGAUGGGCGGGACAUCAAGGCCCUAAAUCUCAGAUGGCUAAGGACCAACGUCCGUCUCGUGCAGCAGGAGGCAGUUUUGUUCAGCGGAAGCGUGUACGACAACAUUGUGACCGGCCUGAUAGGGACAGCUUGGGAAGAUGCCCCCGUCGAGGAGAAGAAGAGACGGGUAGAGGAUGCUGCAAAGCUGGCAUUCGCGCAUGACUUUGUUACCGCGCUGGCCCAGGGAUACGAUACCACCAUUGGUCAAAGGGGUGGCCUCCUUUCAGGCGGUCAGAAACAGAGGAUUGCGAUCGCUAGGAGCAUCAUCUCUAACCCCAAAAUUCUCCUGCUCGACGAAGCGACAAGUGCCCUCGAUCCACAAGCUGAGCACAUUGUCCAACAAGCGCUGGACAAUGCUUCGAAGAACCGGACCACCAUUACGAUCGCCCACAAGCUCGCCACGAUUCGCGGGGCAGAUAACAUCGUCGUCAUGUCACACGGGCGCAUCUCCGAGCAGGGUACUCAUGAGCACCUCGCUACUGGUGGUGGAUUGUAUGAGAAGCUCGUUCGAGCUCAAGACCUUGCACCAUCAAACGAUCCUGAGAGCGCCACAGCCAAAGACGAUGACACGAGCGAUACGGAAGAUGCAAUUCCGGUUGCUCUUACCAAGACUCCGACGAGGGAAGCAACGGCGCUGCAGGCUCUGAGACACCGCGAGGACUUUGAUCACUACAAGCCUUUGGGACUGAUUCGCUCCGUUGCGAAGUUAAUCUCCAUGACACCGGAACUAGCGGUCUGGUAUUUCGUUGCGAUACUCACCUGUAUUGCAGGCGCUGCGAUUUUCCCUGGACAAGCCGUAUUGCUAGCCAAGAUCUUGGACGCAUCAACAUCAAGCAACAUGGUGUCCCGUGGCAACUUCUUCGCCCUCAUGUUCUUCAUCAUGGGCCUUGGUAGCUUCGUCGCCUACUUCAUCAUGGGCUGGGGCACAAACAUCAUUGCCCAGACGCUGAGCAGAAAGGCCCGCCUGGAGCUUUUCGACCAGGUCCUCAAGCAAGAUCUGCGAUUCUUCGACCGACCCGAGAACGCCGUUGGUGCGCUGAUGAGCCGGCUAGACUCGUACCCGCAAGCCAUCUUGGAACUCAUGGGUAUAAAUGUUGGACUUGUUGUUCUGGCUGGCAUUAAUGUCCUCAUCAGCUCUGUGCUGGCGUUGGCCGUAUCUUGGAGAGUCGCUGUUGUUGGUGUGUUCGUGGCUCUCCCGCCGAUGAUUCUCGCUGGUUAUUCAAGAGUUCGGCUCGAAGCAAAGGUCGAUGCUGGAAUGUCCAAGAGAUACGCUGCCAGCUCAGCUGUGGCUUCGGAGACGGUCAUGGCCAUCAGGACAGUUUCUUCGCUUGCCAUCGAACCGAGUGUUCUGGCCAGUUAUGCUCAUGAACUGGAUACAGCCAUCUCAACUUCUGUUCCAGGGCUGUUCCACAUGAUGAUCUGGUUUGCUCUGACGCAGUCUAUUGAAUUCUUUAUGCUAGGAUUGGGAUUUUGGUGGGGAUCCAAACUCAUCAGUGAGGGCAAGGUCACAUUCUACCAAUUCAUUGCGUCGUUCAUGGCAGUGUACUUCUGCGGCCAGGGCGCGGGGCAGAUGUUUGUGUACUCGAGCAGCUUCUCCAAGGCUGUUCAGGCUGCCAACUACUACUUCUGGAUGCUGGAUCUGGAGCCCGAGAUCACCGAGAGUGACGAAAAUCGCGAUGUUGGACCCGCGAAGGGCUGCACUUCCCUGCAGUUUGAAAAGGUCAAAUUCUCGUACCCCUUGGCUCCCAACAUCAAGGUGCUGAAAGGGGUAUCGCUAGAUAUUCGACCCGGAGAGUUUGUGGCAUUUGUUGGCGCAUCAGGUUGCGGAAAGAGCACAAUGGUCUCCUUGCUUGAGCGGUUUUACGACCCGACAAGCGGAAGGAUUGUUGUUGACCAGGCUGAGGCUCUCUCAUCACUCAACCCACGCCUUUACCGGCAACAAGUUGCACUGGUCCAGCAAGAACCGACUCUGUUCCCGGGAUCCAUCCGGGAUAACAUAUCCCACGGAAAAGAUGACGAAAAUGUGGCUUCGGAGGCUGAGAUAGAGGAGGCUUGCAGGGCAGCUAACGCCUGGGAAUUCGUCAUGUCCCUCCCUGAAGGCUUGAACACACCCUGUGGCGAAGGUGGUAGCCAGCUCUCGGGCGGACAGAGGCAGCGCGUUGCGAUUGCACGAGCCCUAGUCCGGAAACCAAAGGUUAUCCUUCUGGACGAGGCGACCAGUGCUCUGGAUACCGAGUCCGAGAGGGUGGUACAGAAGGCUCUCAUGGAGGCAGCGGCGGGAGACCGCAUCACAGUUGCCGUGGCGCAUAGGCUGUCGACUAUACGAGGUGCGGACCGUAUCUUUGUCUUCUACGGAGGCGAUGUAGUCGAAUCCGGGACACAUGAGGAGCUGAUCGGUCGAGGUGGGAUGUACGCAAAGAUGUGUGAGGCGCAGAACCUGGGGGUUUAA